UAUUAUUUUAUUCCGGACGAAGGCCUAAAACUGAUCUAGCCUAAUUAGGAUUUAAAUUAGGCUACUGAAUUGACAGUCUACAUAGAUUAUUAAAGUUAUUGCUAAUUUGCUUGGGAAAUACAUUAAAGAAACAGUCACUGAGAGUCCUAACUCAGUAAACAUGAAUAUAAAUCAUAGGUCAUCAUUGGUCUAGCAAUAAAUGUACUUAUAAAGGUCUCCGGUUACUGUAUACUCAUUUGCUCUAGAUUAUGUAUCCGACUGUCAAAUGAUUGCAGUGAGAUGGCAGUUUUUAAGGCCAGUGUAGGCUUUCAUGUGCUACACUAGUAAGAUCCUCUGACAGAUCUCGACGCGUUAAACCGUAUUAUGGAUUAGGGGAUGUCUAGGAAAGCAAUAGGAUGGUGGACCGGAUAACAUAAUAAAUAGAUAAGAGCAUCGCAACGAUUUGAAAAUAAGAAAUGUAAAACAAACGAUACUUAAACUUGCGUAGUCAUUAAGCCGGUUAAAAGCUAGCAUCUAGCUGAACCUUAUUUUCUUUGUGCCGACGUGAUGUUCUGUGUGUAUGCAGGGACGACUUUGAAACAGCGCUGCUAUUACCCCACGUCUGCGUGCUUCCCCAUGUUUUUCUAUACCUUUUGUCCAGCGGGGGCACCUCAAUGGGUGCGUUCAUGUUAAAAUAGGGGAGUUGCAUAGAGAAGUAUAACAUUACAAUAAGCCGUAGCCGACUCCUUGUCAUAGGAUGAUUACACCUUCUUUUGGCAAAUACAUUAGGUGACGAGGCAGAUCAUUCUAAUAUCAUAGCACAAUUCUCAUAGCGCUUAGUGACCCUUAAAUUACUUGUUUCCCCACACUACGCGUUGGUAAUGGCGAAAGCGCCCAGAUGAUUCUCGUUUAAACAGUGAUGAGGUUGAGAACGUUGUUGAGGAUGGCUCAUCUGAAGGCUGCACAUGGAGGGCGAAGACGCCACGAUGGAAAUGAGGAAACCUGUGAUGGAUUAAAUGUGCUUGAACGUCUGUUCUAGCGCUUACGUACAUAGCGUCUCGAGCCACUUGGAAGCAAUGUGGACAAGUUUGAGAGGGCUCGGAGCACCGAUAAUCUGGACAGUUCUGGGGAGCCCACAACCCGCUCGGUGGGCACCACUGCCAACUUGAAGGGGAAGAUGAGCAAAAGGCUGUCCGUUGUGAAAGGCCACUUCCCCAAGCUCGCCGACUGUGCCCACUUCCAUUACGAGAAUGUCGACUUUAGUUCCAUUGAGUUGCAGUUUGCGAUCGAGCAGACCGACGCCAGCUGGACGUUGGGCUCAGCCAAAGACCUGGUCUUCCUCGUGCAGGUGUCUUGCCAGGGCAAGACGUGGAUGGUUCGGCGCUCGUACGAGGAGUUCCGGACGCUGGACGCCCACCUGCACCAGUGCAUUUACGACCGACGAUACUCGCAGCUUCUGCCCCUGCCACCGCUUAGCGAGAUUGGAGACAAGGUGGAGAUCUUCACCCCACUGCUGUCUGAGUACCUGAGUCGCCUCUCUAUGGUCGUGGACAACAAGCUGAACUGUGGGCCUGUGCUCACCUGGAUGGAGAUUGACAACCACGGGAACAGGUUUCUGCUGAAGGAAGAGGCCUCGCUGAACGUCCCUGCCAUCGCUGCUGCUCAUGUCAUCAAGCGCUACACAGCGCAGGCCAGCGACGAGAUCUCCAUCGAGGUGGGAGACAUCUUAUCUGUGAUAGACAUGCCACCCAAGGAGGACACCAGCUGGUGGAGAGGCAAACAUGGCUUUCAGGUUGGCUUCUUUCCCAGUGAGUGUGUGGAGCUGAUCAAUGAGAGGCCCCAGACCUCAAAACUAGAGGUUGACGGAGUGGCCACCAAGCCAGGGGCUGGCAGUGCUGGCGAACCCUCCUCUCCUACGUCAGUGUCCAAGAAGCACGGCAAGCUGAUGGGUUUCCUGAGGACCUUCAUGAAGUCACGGCCCACCAAGCAGAAGCUGAAGCAGCGCGGCAUCCUCAAGGAGCGGGUGUUCGGCUGCGACCUCGGAGAGCACCUGCUCAACUCCGGACAAGACGUCCCCCAGGUGCUGAAAAGCUGCUCAGAGUUCCUAGAGAAGCAUGGCGUUGUGGAUGGCAUCUACAGACACUCCGGGGUCUCUUCCAACAUCCAGAAGCUCAGGCACGAGUUUGACAGCGAGAACGUUCCGGACCUGACGAAAGAGCUGUACAUGCAGGACAUCCACUGCGUGGGCUCUCUGUGUAAGCUGUACUUCCGUGAGCUGCCCAACCCGCUGCUCACCUACCAGCUCUACGAAAAGUUCGCUGACUGCAUGGGAGAGAUGACUGAGGAUGAGCGCAUGGUAAAGGUGCAUGACGUCAUUCAGCAGCUGCCUCCUCCUCACUACAGGACGCUGGAGUAUCUCAUCAAGCACCUGGCACUGCUGGCCACCUGCAGUGAAGAGACCAACAUGCACAUCAAGAACCUGGCCAUUGUGUGGGCGCCAAACCUGCUAAGGUCCAUGGAGAUCGAGGUGGUGGGCCUGAGUGGUGCUGCUGACCCGUUCAAGGAGGUCCGCAUCCAGUCGGUGGUGGUGGAGUUCCUCCUGACCAACGUGGACGUGCUGUUCAGCGACAGCUUCACCUCAGUAGGCCGCUUCACUGCAGUGGAUGAGGCCGACCAAUCAGCAGGACGGCAGUCUCUCACCAGGCCGAAGUCGUUCGUCUCGACGCGUCUGCUGUCCCUGGAGGAGGCUCAGGCUCGGACCCAGGCGCCUCUGCUCCUCCAAGGGGCUCCACUGCCCUUCCAGGGCAAGUUCCACACCGUGCUGGACCUCCCGGAGGACAGGAGGAAGAGGGGGAUGAAGGUGCGGAAGUCGGCUGGAGGAAGCUGGAAGACGUUCUUUGCCAUCGGAAAACCAGCUGGGUCAGGGCGCCGCAAGCCCAUGAGGAUCAGCUCCCUGUUCCAGCCGGCCACCUCUCACGCUGGGGUCCGUGUGGAUAGUGUGACGCUGCGCUCAGCCAAGAGUGAGGAGUCCCUGUCAUCCCAGCACAGUGGCGCAGGUCCAGGUAAGCUGCAGCGUUUGCGGCGUCCUCGCUCCAGCAGUGACGGACUCUCUCUGGCCGCCUCCUUGGACCCUCAGCUGCUCCCCCAGCGGCCUCCCUCCCGCCUGCCCAGCAGCCGCUCUUACGACAGCCUCCUGCCCGAGGAGCGCCGCCGCGUCGCAGAGCAGGAGGAGGAGGAGGAAGAGGACGAAGACGAUGGAGAGGAGGAGGAUGAGGAUGCCGUCUACAUGCUGCCUGACUUCUCACAGGACCCGGCCGCCGCCUGGAUGGCCGAGGACGUCAUCGACUUCAGCCCCACCUUCCUGGAGGACGGACCGGUGGGGUUAGGGGGCGGGGCCUCUGCCGUGGGUGGAGGGAGAGAGUCCCCGCCUGCGGCCACGCCCCCUCCCUACCGCUGCCUUAGCCACCAGGGCCACUCCCACUCCAGCAGCCAGCGCUCCGUCACCGAGGACCCGGACUCCGUCCUCAACCAGUCGGAGGCCGGCCCCCGCAGGAGCUUGAUCCUGGCGGCGACGGCUCCUCAGACACAGGUGUACUGCCAGCACAGGCCCUCUGCCGCCGCCGCCGGCCCCACGCACUUAGCCGAGCCUGGCGGGAGCCCCUCCCACAGCCAGACCCCCUCUGCUGCAGGCUCAGCCCCCACUGCCCCGCCCCCUCAGGAGAGGCGCUCCUUUACCAGGAAGAUGGUGCACGCCCUCUCGCCCAAAGCCCCCAAAUCCCCCCCGCUGGACAUCUCAGACCCCAUCGCCAUCAGCGUGCCUGCUAAGGUCCUGGAGAUGAUUGGCGGCCGCGCUGGCGAACUGCAGCCCGUCGCGCAGGGAGGCGGGCCCUCCCAGCCACCCCAGAUGAUCUCCAUGCUGCUGAGGUCAUGUGACUUCCAGCUGACUGAGAGCUGCCAGCAGGAGAUCAGCAGCAAGCUGGGUCAUGAGGCCAAGAUCAAGGGCCCAAGUAUUAUGGGUCCCACUGGGGUACCCCUACCCACUCAGCAGCCCCCUCCGCCACCACCCAAAAACCCUGCCCGCCUCAUGGCCCUCGCUCUGACGGAGAGCGCCAACAAAGCCCUGCGCCACGGGGCUUCACCCCCCUACCGCCCCCCGCAGCCCAAAACCCCCUCCGACACGGCCGACCCGCGCUUCCAAAGGUCGCUGUCGGCGGACGCGAGUGAACUGCUCUCCUCGGACCCCAACCAGCUGUACUCCACAGUGCGCCCCCUGUCUGUGUGGAUGUCCGAGGGAGACGGCACGAGCGCCGCUGAGCAGGCUGGUGAAGCAGACCAGGAGCAGGAGCCACGGUCUCCCCCAGGACAGGACACUGGAACUCUCUCCUCCACUACUUCGGUGUCCGACUCGGGGGCGUCCAACUCUGAGCUGUCAGCCGGGAGCUCCUCGGGAGACGGAGACCAGACUCCCAGCCCCAUCUACAAGAACCAGCAGCUGUCACCCCCGGCCCAUGCGGCGGGUCCCCCUCCUUCCAAACCCAGCCCCUCCUCUGCCUCCUCCUCCGACGCCCCACCUCAGAGGAAACCCCCUGCGUACUCCCGCCAGUUCUCUGCCCCCCACCUCCAGCAGCAGAAAUCACCUGCUCCUGGGGGACUUUCCAAGCCCAUCACCCCCCAGCCUCCCAACCCGACUCACUCCCACCUGCUGCACUCGCGCUCAGAGAGCUCCCCCUUGGCCCAGGUCCGUGCCUUCCAGCCCACUCGCCCCAAACUGCCCCCCAAGCCCCAGGAUCUGGCUCCACAGCGGGGGCAACUCGCCAGGCCCGACCGGCAGGACUACUCCCGUCGCUCCCUGGAUGCGGGCCGCGUCCGGCGCAUGCUGAGCCAGCCGCAGGGCACCCCGCCAGGCCUGUCCCGGGCCUUUUCCGAACGGGUCGCCGGUACUUCUGACCUGCUUGCCCGCUACCAUGCGGCCAGAACAGCUGGACAACCCCUUCCCCCUCCCCCGCCACCUCAGCAGCAGCAGCAGCAGCCACCUCCUGCUUACAUUCGACCGGUACCCUCAUCCUCUGAGGACCCAGGCAAGGUGGAGAACUUCUACUAUGAGAUUGGAGCUCCCGAGCAUCCGCAGGCACCUCCUAGCUAUGCGCGACACAGCUACAUGAACAUGCGGCUGGACCUGGAGGGGAACUACCGACCUGCACCCAACGACCCAGCUCUGAACCAGAGACCAAUGUCUAGAGGACACCAUCCCCAGGCCCCUGCCGGCGGUCCCGUUGGAAGGGCACCACAGCUGUGGUCGGCAGAAGCGACGCGAGCUUGGGCUGUGGCCCAUUCCCAUGCCCACUCCCAGUCCUUCUCCUUCUCCCACGGGCACUCCCACCAACAGAGGCUCCCCCAGGAGAGCCAUGGUCCGCGCUCCCAGCGCCAGGCUUCGUCCUCUGUCAGACUCUCCCGCAGCGAGCUGCACCCCAUCCCGAUCACCAACACCACUGGCACACCCCUGUCUGUGCACCAGCGCAGCUCAGCGCGUUCCCAACGCUCCCCCUCGGGGGAAGUCACUACCCCCCAACUGCACCCCUACUUUGAGAAUGGCAAGGUGUGCUACCGCUACGUGGAGACCCCCAAAGGUGACGAGCCUGCGGCCUCCUCUCAGCACGCCUCGGCCAAACCCCUCCACUCUCAGCCAACCCAGCCCUCCCCUCCGCAGGCUCACAAGCCUCCACCCAAGGAGCAGUGCCAGUCGGAGCCCGUUUACAUCAACUUCCCCUUCGCCAGUCCCCAGAACGUCGCAGCCGGUACCAAAGGCUGGCUAACCACCGACCUGGACGGUAACGCCACUCAGGUGUCCGAACCUCUGGCUCCACCUCCUGAGCCUCCACCGGAGGAGAUGCAGGAGUCACCACACCACACCCCUCAGCUAGACAGCCCCUCCCACAACUUUGAAAGCCCCACCCACAACAGCCUAAUCCCAGAUUCCCGCUCCCUGGACAUUCCGCCUGUCUCGUCGUCAGCUGCCUCCCACUUCCGGAGUCGUUCGGAUCCGCAGAAUUCCAUCGCAGAGAAAAGCCAGGGUCCCAGUCAGAGCCUGAGCGGGAAGGAGAUUGCCUCAUUGCUGAUCGAGAAGCUGGCAGAAGAGGAGAGGGAAGGGGGUGCCUGCACCGUCGCGUCAUCCUCUGCCUCGUCCUCACCUCACGUAGAGCACCCACCAAACCCUUAUGCCAGUCAGCAGCAGCAGCAGCAGCAGCAGCAGCCGCCUCCAGCAUACAACGUCUACACUCCGGCGCCGACCCGCCAGAGUUCCCUUCGAGACCCGACGGGAGCCUUCCACCGCCAGGACCCCCUACGCAGGUCCUCGAGUGGUCAGUACCGGCAGGCGUUCGACGUCAUGCCGUCUGGUGACCAGGUUCUGAAAUACUACCGCAGUCAGGACUUCAUGCCGGGCCCCCAGGGGGAGGCCCCUAACCUUAACCCCUACCCCCCACGGACUCAUUAUCCAGACUCGGCUUAUCAACACCGCGGACCCCAGGACCCACGCCUUCCGUACGCGGGUUCCCCGCACGCUUCUACCCCGCCGUCGGCAGCCUUCUCCAACCUGGCCCUGGGGACUCCGAGAGGGUACGCGAAUCAACCCGGGGGCUUCCAGUACAGCCAGUACCCUGUCCAGCCCAGCCCACAGUAUUCCAACACGCCGCGGCGGGACGUGGUGAUGGAUCCGUCGCUCCGACCCCCGGCCUAUCGCAACCAGAGGGGACUGGCCCGACAAGGCAGCAUACCUGGGCCUAACUGGUCCAUCCACACCGAGGGCCAGACCAGGAGCUACUGCUGAACGGGAAGUGAGGCUUACAAAAAGCACACAAGGCACCAGGAGCACCCUGGCCGGCCCACAGCAAAAGCUCAUCUUCCUUAUCAACCUUUAAGACAAGUGUGAGACAAGUGUUCCACGGGUGAAGGGAGCAGCUUUAAAACGCAUCUAUGCCUACAGCACUACAGGGACUCGUCAGCGUUAGACCGUGUCACGACUUUAGGACUUUGAAGAAAGGCUUUACGUAUCUCUCCCCUGAGGUGUAACAACUACAGCAUUGAGAGUGAUGACAUCCAUCAGGACUGGCAGCAUCAAUCAAUAAGGGCCUCCGUCCAGUCUUACCCUGUUAACCACCCCACCCCCCCUGCAAAUGGCCUGGGACCGCCCAUCCAUCCUCCCCCACGUUACUUUCCUGACCUCUCUCACUUGACCGGACCAAUGAAAAUGCGGAUGUGGCAUGAAUGAGGACAGAUCAAAGAAAAGAACCGUUAAGUGGCUUAGAUUUGAAAACAUUCCAGAACAGACUGUGCUUGCCCAGCAGAGGGCGUAGGAGAAGCGUGUAGCUGCUAUGCUUUAUAGUGGAGUAUCAGGUAUUCCUGCACACCUAGGUUUUGUUGACUUUAUUUUUUUUUUCAGGUGUAGGUCUCAUUGGUUUUCAGUUACUGUAUCUCUCGCACACUAUAGCACAGUAAAAACUGUACAGGGAAGUCAGUUUAGUAUUUUGUUUCCUUGAGGAGACAGAAACAAAUAUUCUUUCAAAAGCUGCUGGUAAUUUUAAUGGACUUUCAAGGCUUUUUUAACUAUUUCUCCAUUUGAAUAUUGUGCUUCGACAUGUUUUCAGUAGUUUUGUUAAUUGCUUUUUACAUUUGUAAUUUAUUUUAAGUUUUUCAUUGUGAAGAAGUCAUGUAAUAUAGUUUUCUGGGUUUGUUUUUUGGUUUUGUUUUGAUUGGAUUC